AUGAACCUGUUGAGCGACAAGCUGCUGUUGGGGGACUUUUUUUCCCCCUUCAACAAUUCGUCUUUGACGGCUGAGGAAGGUUUGGGUCUCUUGGAUGACUGCAUCGAGGUGUCCGGGUACCUCCCAUCGCAUGGGUUCUCCAGCGAAAAGGCUAAGAAUGGCGUCUUUAACCUGCUGCCUUUGGCUGAACCCUUUGGCAGUUUUCAGGGGGACGCCUUCUCUGGCAUGGAUUGGAUGGUGGAAAAUAUGGACUUGAAGGAGUUUGAUUUUGAUUCCCUGCUGGGGAUGGAAGAUCUAGAAUCCACUAUCUCACCAGAUGAGCUCAUAGCCACGUUGGAUGACUCUUGUGAUCUGGAGGACCCACCUGUUCCCUCUGUGUUUGGCCAGUAUGUGCCAUCACCUGCCCCUAUCCUAGAAGGUCCAUUGGAGGCAGAUCAAGUGGCUCCAGUGGGUCCCAGUUUAGCAGAGUCCAAUAUCUGUAGCUCUGACUAUUCCUUUAUCUUGGAUGUAGGAAGUGAGGUAGAUGUUGCUGAGGUAGAUAAGAAAAUCUACAUGCCUGAAACUCAAAAAAAUGAGAAGGAAGACUCCUCAGAUAAUGACAGCAGUAUCUGUGUGAGCCCACUUAUAAAGUCUGAGAAGGAUUCCUCAGAUAAUGACAGUGGGAUUUAUAUGAGCCCAUCAUAUCUGUGGUCUCCCCAGCAAAGUCCUACAUCUACUAUAGAGUACCCUAGUAGUGUCCAGUCCUCUCCUGCCUCCCCCAUUUCUGAGAGACCCAAACCUUAUGAUCUUCCCUCGCAGGAUAAAGUCUUGGCAAAGGUGAAAACUGUAGGGCAGCCCAGAGUAGACAAGAAGCAGAAGAAAAUGGAGCAGAACAAAACAGCAGCCACUCGCUACCGGCAGAAGAAGAGAGCAGAACAAGAGAUUAUAUCUCUUGAGUGCCGAGAACUGGAACAGAAAAAUGAUUCACUGAAAGAGAGAGCAGAUUCUCUAGCAAAAGAAAUCCAGUAUUUAAAAGACCUAAUAGAAGAGGUCCGCAAGGCCAAAGGCAAACGAGCAAAAAGCUCUUGA